CCUCUUUACGCUCUAAACCCCUAAACCCCCCAAAUUUCUGAUCCUAUUUCCUAAUUCGUCUGUCUCUCCAAGCUCUUCGGCAUACGCAUCGAACUUUGCUGCUGCUCGUGACCUCGUCUCCUUGCCGCUGCUGUCGUUCCUCUCAGCUAAUAUUUUCUGGGUUUAAGGGGAGGUAGUGAAAUGGCCAGCUAUCUCUGGAGGAAGUAUUCGGACUAUUUGUACACAAAGUGGGAGAGAACCAUUCUCUGGGACAUGAUCGAGCCAUACAGAAGACCCAAAUCCUUCACUCCUUUGGUGACCAUUUACAUUGCAGCUUUCUACACUGGAGUCAUUGGGGCUGCUAUCACUGAGCAACGCUACAAGGAAAAAUACUGGGAAGAGCAUCCCGGGGAAGCUGUGCCUCUCAUGAAACCACAAUUUUAUGGCGGUCCAUGGAGGAUAAUGAGGGGAGAGGUUCCUCCAACUGGGUGAAAAUCUCUGAAGGCUUGUUUCGUACCUUUUUUCCUAUCUACCUCGUGUUCCUGCUGUUGUAUAAAAUUACUCAGUUUUGCUGUUUUCUAGGCACUGUUUAGAAGACUCUUUUCAUAGUAUAAUAUCAAUAUAAAGUUACUUAGGCGUUUAUUGGUUA